ACCUGGUACCAUCUAGAUUUAUAUGUUUGCCGACUUUGAAAAGUUCUGAGCAUGCAAGAUCAUGAAUGUAAUUAACUUUACAACAAUGACUAUGCCUCUAUAUCUAUCUAUCUAUAUAAACCUACUUAGAUCAUGGUUAAUACAAACAUCAUAGGAUAAUAUGGAUGGUUUAAUGUUUUUGUUGGUGCUGUCUUUGAGUAGUGUUCUUAUUAUCCAAACAAGUGAGGCUCAGAUAUGCUUACCCAAGAAACAUGCAUCCUUAUUCAUAUUUGGGGAUUCAUUAUUUGACAUUGGAAACAACAAUUAUAUCAAUACAACAACUUCAUAUCAGGCAAAUUACCCUCCCUAUGGAGAAACCCUUUUCAAGUAUCCAAGUGGAAGAUUCUCUGAUGGACGUAUGAUUCCAGAUAUCAUUGCUGAGCUUGCAAAGUUGCCUCUGCUUCCACCAUAUUUUCAUCCUGGAAACCCUGAUUUUACCUAUGGAGUCAAUUUUGCAUCUGGAGGCUCUGGUGCUCUGCUUCAAACUGCUCAAGGAUAUGUGAUAGACCUUCACACUCAGGUGAAAUAUUUCAAAAAUGUAAAGAAAAUAUUAAGGGAGAAAAUAGGAGAAGAAGAAGCAGAGGAACUUCUCAAAAGAUCUGUGUACUUUCUGAGUGUUGGAAGCAAUGAUUAUGGUGAACUUUUGAAUGUUACAAACUCCACUGUGAGCCUAUUGCCGGUUGAUAAACAACAAUUUGUUGGUUUUGUCAUUGGAAACCUUACAAAUGCCAUUAAAGAAAUUUAUGAGCAAGGUGGACGAAAGUUUGGUUUUUUAAAUGUGGGUCCUAUAGGGUGUUCUCCAAGCAUAAGGAUUCUGAAAAACAAUGGAAGCACAUGCUUUGAUGAGAUUUCAGCAGUUGCAAGGUUACAUAAUAUUGAACUUUCAAAGAUGACUCUGAAGCUUAAGAAACAGCUCAAUGGAUUCAAAUAUUCAGUCCAUGAUUUCUAUUCUUCACUUUCUCAAGUUGUCACAUAUCCUUCGAAAUAUGGUUUCAAAGGAGGGAGUGGAGGAUGCUGUGGAAGUGGACCAUACAGAGGAGAAGACACGUGUGGUGGAAACAAAGGGAUCAAAGAAUAUGAAUUAUGUCAGAAUCCAAAUGACUAUGUUUUCUUUGACUCCCAUCAUCCUUCCGAUAAAGCUUGCGAGCAUUUUGCUCACCUCAUAUGGAAUGGCAACUACACUUUCAAUAAGCCUUACAAUCUCAGCAAACUCUUUCAACUCUAA